AUGGGCGCUCCACGAAACGCCGUUUAUGCGGAGGAGAGUGCGGAGGUAGAAGUGCUCUACGCGGACCUCGACAAGCUCAACACCCUAACCAAACGGAUCCAAGGCUCUCUCUCACGGCUCGAGGCCAGCGGGAAGGUGGUCAAAAAUGCGAUCGGUCCUAUCUACGGCAAUACCCAAGCCCUACAGUCCACCACCACGAACAUAGACAGAGUGAAUGAUGCCAUCGAGCGGAUGCGCCGUCCACUGGAUGUAAAGGGACAAGAAGAAAGCAUUAUACGAGCCGGGCCGCAAAACGCUGGGCUACCACAAUUCCUCGGUGCGUUGAAACGCAUCGACCUUGCGCUAACGGACUUGAAUGCCACGAAACUUCGGUCGAAUCAAAAGGCUGUCUCCGAGUUCAGCUCACUACUUAAUUCGGGGAGUAACAAACUGCAGGACCUAUUCAGGUCCACCUUGAGGGAGGAGGCCAGUACGAUCGAACCGCUUCACUACCUUACAAAACAACUUUCUUUCCCUUUACUGUCGCAAGAUGCUUUCUCCGAACUUGCUCCAGCUGCAGGCGCAAUCACAGCUGCCUCUAAGCAUACCCCCCAACAAGGCCACAUAGAAAACCCAGCAAUCUCGAUAUACGCUGAAAUUCGUGGCCCAUAUCUAACGAGCAGCUUGCAAAACCUGGCUACUGCAUCCAUCAGCACCGCCAAACGCAGAGCAGCCGAUGGACCUUACAAGCAAGGCACCAACGGAAUCGGUGUAUACUCUAGUGUCAUAGAAGGGAUGUUUCUUGCAGAGUAUGAGAACAUCGUAAAGGUCUUCCCGGCAGACCAGCAAGGAAAGGCCCUCCAGGCUACAUGUCGGCCCGCUCUAGCCGAGUUCUCCAAGACCAUGCGCGAGCUAAACAUGUAUAUCAAGUCAAACUUGAUCACCGACUGCUUUCUUGCCUUUGAGGUCAUCGAUAUUGUCACAUCGCUAUCGUAUCGUCUGGAUACGAAAACGGGGGAAUUAAAGAAUCUAUUCUUCGAAGCCCUACGGCCCAUCCGUGAAACUGCCAAAUCAUCCCUAACGGAGCUGUUGGAGGAAACUAGACGCAAAGCAGCAUCGAUCACCACCCUACCCCAAGAUGGCUCUCCGGUCCCACUUGUAAACGAGGUGAUGAGCUCCCUAUCCACGCUGACCGCAUACUCGAAACCUCUUGCCUCUAUCCUUACAUCCCUAGGAGAUGGUAACUGGAAACCUUCUGCGGCGCCAAACACCACCCCUCUUGACGUGGGACCAGACAGCUCCACGCUUCUCUCCCAUUUCAUUCUCGACAUGAUCGAAGCGCUCCUGUCUUCCCUCGAAGCCCGCGCCCGAGCGGUCCACAAAAGCAAGUCAACCCUGGGCGCGUUCAUUGCAAACAACGUCUAUAUCGUUGACAGGGUCAUCCGCAGCACCCCUGAGUUAUCGAGCUGCCUCUCCGCCCCAGAAAAUGCCAGUCGGCUCGAGGUAUGGCGCAAAAAGGGCGUGUCGAUAUACCUCGAUGCCUGGCGUGAUCCAUCCUCACAUCUUCUCGAUGUGCAAUAUACGAGCAGAGGAGGUGCUCGGCCUACGUCUGGCGGACCAGUCGAUUCUAGCGCCAUAGUUAAAUCACUCUCUUCCAAAGACAGGGACGUGAUCAAAGAUAAAUUCAAGGCGUUUAAUUCCUCGUUUGAUGAGCUGAUCGCAAAGCAUAAGUCGCUUAAUAUGGAGAAGCCGGUCCGCACCUCGCUUUCCCGUGAGGUACAGGCCGUUAUCGAACCUUUGUAUGCGAGGUUCUGGGAUAGAUACCAUGAAAUCGACAAGGGACGAGGGAAAUACGCAAAGUAUGAUAAGGGAAGCUUAUCUGCUCAGCUCUCUGCCUUGGGCUAG